CAACAGAUUUGUAUCAGAUUUGGGCGGCGGCGCACGCACCAACUAGUAUUUUCGUUCUUCUUCCCGUACGCCAGUAACCCUAUCUAUAAGUUUACGGGGGACAUCAAGAACCUAGAAGUUAACUUGAAAGAACUCAUCCUGGAUUCUUCCAGCAAUAAGUGUCCAAUUUUGCUCGGCUCCCACUUCUCAGGCCCUACGUAUUGUUUGUAUGAGCAUUGCUUGUAUUAUACUAUUAACCCGCUGACGUGUUCGCAAUCCAUUUGAUCAUCCUAAGCUUCCUUGACGUUUUCCUUAGUGUUAGUGGAGAUGAAGUGAUAUAUCAAGAUUCCUACCAUCGAGACGAUGCCAAACGAGAGAACGAUUGUGUUCAAUUGACCAUCUGUAAUCAUUUCUGUUGCGCUGAAUGUGUUGGAAGAAAUUGAUAAUUUUGUGCGCGACUUCGCAGUUAGGCAUUUCUGGCGAUGAUACAUGACUCCAAUAGAACGGUUUCUUUAUGAAGCACUCAUACGGUCACCGGGAUUCAACCGAUUUGUGCAACUGGUGUAUAACCGUGUGAACAAGAUCACAAUACACCGGACAGUGACGGACUACCGCCCGACCAUGGGCCAUAAAAUAAAUGCGUUCCGCAUCAUUUGGAUCAAUGAGGUCAAGGACUUAUUUCGGUUCAGACAUUGAAAUGCCGAAUUAAUGAUGGUUAUCUUCAUUAAAUAUAUAUUAUUGGGUGAACACUCCAUAUAUGGUAAUUACUGCUUCGUAUCUUCUCAUCCUCAUCUCUUUCUCUCCAGAGCCUUCUCAAAUCUCUCAAACCUCUCAAACUUCCUCUUGCCCAUCUUAGCUACAUUGUGCUCAGAUGCAAAAAUGGCAUUAUUGGAUCCGAACUGGAAGUUUGACGACACAACAGCCUCAUCAAGUUUCUUCACCACGUAAGAGUCGACUUUGCCCUGCAAAAUCUUCUUAAGGUUGAAUUGAACCACAUAGUUGCCAGUACUGGUGAUAAUAUCUGUUUCAGCAUGAUCAGUAACCUUGGUGUUAAAGUAUGCUCUGGUGAAGUUCAAGCUCUUUUGUCCUCCAGAAUUAAGAAUGGCCAUCAGGUGUUCGGGUUUCAACAUGAUUCUUCUUGGAAUUGGUUUACUAGCAGCACUGAAUGGCUUCUCGAAUCCUAAUGCUCC